AACUUCUAUGUACAGUUCGUCGUCAGAAGCUAAACAUGCGCUGCACGCGGCGCUUCUCGCCAGGUACCUGCGCUGAGGCUGUCGUACCAGUUUGGACUUUUGACUUCUUCGCGUUAAAUUGCACUGAACGUCUGGGCUGCUAUCUAUCGACCAGAUCCAACCGCUUCAACACUUAUAUGUUUUGUUUGCAUUCGUGUCGUGCGUUCAUCGAUCUUUACACGCAGACGCUUUCCGAAGAUGACGAACAGUUGAAGAGGUUACGCUCAGAAUCUCGUGAGUCGAUCCGUCGUGCUGAUGGUUUUCACCAGUUAUUUUACCAGACGGAGGAUGUCUACGAGGACGACCAAUCAGAAGUGUGGGAGGGUCCCGCUUCAGAGGGGGCGGAGAGAGAUGACGUCAUAGAGGUCAGCGACAUGUUGGUGCCGGACAUCGACUACACCGGAGCACAAGUUAACAACGAGAACUGUGAUCUUGUACAUCAUAUACAGACGUCCAAAUAUAACUAGCUGUC